AGUUUCUGAACAUUUUCCAACCGUUCUAUGUGUUAAUCUCUCUCACUCCUAUUUUGUUUUCCGUUUUCUGAACGGAUUUUUCUUUCUUCUUCUUCUUCUUCUUCUUUGAAAUUUUCUUUCAGUCAGUAUGUGUGGAAUUCUUGCCGUUCUUGGUUGCUCCGAUGAUUCUCAGGCCAAACGUGUUCGUGUUCUUGAACUCUCUCGACGAUUGAAGCACCGUGGCCCAGAUUGGAGUGGGCUUUACCAGCACACUGAUUUUUAUUUAACUCAUCAACGUUUAGCCAUUAUCGAUCCUGCUUCCGGUGAUCAACCUCUCUUUAAUGAAGAUAAGUCCAUUGUCGUCACGGUCAACGGAGAGAUAUAUAACCAUGAGGAGCUGAGGAAGAAAUUGAGCAACCACAAAUUUCGAACCGGCAGUGACUGUGAUGUUAUCGCACAUUUGUAUGAAGAAUAUGGAGAGAAUUUUGUGGACAUGCUUGAUGGAAUGUUUUCUUUCGUGCUGUUGGACACUCGUGACAACAGCUUCAUUGUUGCUCGAGAUGCGAUUGGGAUUACUUCCCUUUACAUUGGCUGGGGACUUGAUGGCUCCGUUUGGAUAUCUUCGGAGCUCAAAGGUCUGAAUGAUGAUUGUGAACAUUUUGAGACUUUUCCACCGGGUCACUUCUACUCUAGCAAGGAAGGUGGAUUCAAAAGAUGGUACAAUCCAACCUGGUUCUCUGAGGCUAUUCCAUCGACUCCAUAUGAUCCACUUGUUCUGAGACGCUCAUUGGAAAAUGCUGUAAUUAAAAGGCUAAUGACCGAUGUCCCUUUUGGAGUUCUGCUAUCUGGUGGCUUAGAUUCAUCAUUGGUUGCCUCUAUCACAGCUCGUCACUUGGCUGGCACAAGAGCUGCCAAGCACUGGGGUACACAACUCCAUUCCUUCUGUGUUGGUCUUGAGGGUUCACCAGAUCUGAAGGCUGCUAGAGAAGUUGCAGACUUUUUGGGAACUGUCCACCACGAGUUCCAUUUCACAGUUCAAGAUGGGAUUGAUGCCAUUGAAGAUGUUAUCUACCAUAUAGAAACAUAUGAUGUUACUACAAUCAGGGCAAGCACACCUAUGUUUCUUAUGGCACGAAAGAUUAAGGCUCUAGGAGUAAAGAUGGUAAUUUCUGGUGAAGGCGCUGAUGAGAUCUUUGGCGGAUAUCUGUACUUCCACAAGGCUCCCAAUAAGGAAGAGUUCCACCGUGAAAGUUGUCGCAAGAUAAAGGCACUUCAUUUAUAUGAUUGCUUAAGAGCAAACAAAGCAACUUCAGCGUGGGGUUUGGAAGUUCGAGUUCCAUUUCUAGACAAAGAAUUUAUCGAUACUGCAAUGGCCAUUGAUCCAGAAUGGAAAAUGAUUAAACGUGAACAAGGUCGAAUUGAAAAAUGGGUUCUCAGGAGAGCUUUCGAUGAUGAACAGCAGCCUUAUCUCCCUAAGAAUGUUCUGUACAGGCAGAAGGAACAGUUUAGUGAUGGUGUUGGAUAUAGUUGGAUCGAUGGCCUUAAAGCCCAUGCUGCUCAACAUGUGACCGAUAGGAUGAUGCUGAACGCCGGACACAUUUUCCCCCAAAACACUCCAACAUCAAAAGAAGCGUACUACUACAGAACCAUAUUUGAGAGGUUCUUUCCACAGAACGCGGCUCAGCUGACCAUCCCGGGAGGACCAAGCAUCGCUUGCAGCACAGCAAAGGCUGUUGAGUGGGACGCUGCUUGGUCUAAAAAUCUUGAUCCUUCAGGUAGAGCUGCACUUGGAGUUCAUGUUUCGGCUUACGGAGAUGAGGCAACAGGCGUCAAAAGCGUUGUCCCGCCGCCGAUAGUGAAUACAAUUCCAAGAAUGGAGGUCAGUGCACCAGGAGUAGAAAUCCUUAGCUAGAAUAGUAAUAAAGUAGGCUCCCCCAGCUUGAUGAUGCUAAACCAUGUCCUCCAAAUUACAUACCUUAAAUGUAUAAAAUAACACGGGAGCGACGUAGUGUGAGGGUGUUGUUACUAAGGGACCUUCUAAGGAAACUUUCUAUCAAUAUUGUAUUUGUGCUAGACUCUUCGGAUUUAUGUAAUGUCCUUUCUUUUUAAGAACUUGUAUGGAUGUACAUUUUAAUUAUAUGAUGUGAUUACCAAAAUUGCAAAUUAGAAUCAA